CUUUGUUUUCUUCCCGGAACAAAUCGCCCCGUGCGUCGCAGUGAACGUCCCGCGACGUCGCUCCUCUGCACUUCAGCGUGUUCAGCUCCACUUUUAUACGAACUCGGGUUCAUAUCCAUAAUAUUAGAACAUUACGACACGGUUCAAUCGCGCGUGUCCUAACGCUACCUUGUAGCUUGUAGCCAUUAGCUUGUGGCUUUUAGCUUGUAGCCUUUAGCUUGUAGCCUUUAGCUUGUAGCCUGUAGCUUGUAGCUUGUAGCCUUUAGCUUGUAGCCUGUAGCCUGUCGCCUGUCGUGCGUCGCGGCCCGAGGUUGUCAAAAUGUCGAGACCACGGACGCGAUCUCCUCACUACAGGAGGUUUCCAUGGGAGGAAUCCAACUUUGAUCCUCACAAAGUGCUCACGGAACCGGGUGGGAAUCCACAGGACAGGAGUCACCGCCUGCGACAGGCUCCCGAGGAACACUGGAGCUACGCGAGGGGACAUCUGUACCCAGAAGACCGGAGAAGAUCCCCUUCUGGUCCAGAUGAGCAGCAGCCGGGGCACCAGCGCCGCCCAGACGAGGGGGAGUCGUACCACCGGAUGCCGUCGCCUCGUUACGACGCGAUGGGCCUCGGCGAUCGGAGGCUUUCCCCGCCGCGCAACGUCGGAGGAGACAGAGGUAGACGCAGGGGGGAGGGCUUUCGAGAACACUUCCAGAGCUUUGACAACCGGGGAAGGUCGCCUCGCUCCCCCCCGAAAGUGGUGAGGGAGAGAUUGCCGCAGACGCCGAAGUCCCACGCAGACCAGCAGCAGCGAGAGCCGGCGACGAGCUGGAGAGACCAGCAGGGCAGAAGUGAGGGGAAGUUCCGAGGCCUCAGUCCCCCGGCGAGAGACGACCAGAGAGGGGCGGCAGGUAGGGGGAGAGCUAGGAGGAAUGAGCAGGGUCCCAACAGAGAGCGACGAAGGGAGGGUCCACUUCAAGAGAGGAGCCCCCCCUUUAAACGCCAAAGAAGAGACGUGGAUGACAGCGAUCACCUUGGGUACAGGAAUGAGGAGGACUAUGGGGGACAGCGGUACUCGGCGGACUCGCCCAGAGACGGGUUUGGAGGAGACACUCAGGGGGACGUCCCCCGCGGAGACACUCGACCCGUCAGACCACUUGUCAUUGAACACGAUCACGGGAACGCAGAGGGCAGAAAACGGCCACAGAGGGAACAACAGGUCGUCGACCGCAGAGAUGUCGACUUGAGUCAAAGACAGAGGAGUCCCCGUCCGCUCUGCUCUUCACAGGAGCGCUUCAGGACGCCGCACGGCCGGCCGGAUGACCGGGAGGACCCGAGAGGACGCCAUUUUCAAGACAACUGGAGAGACUCCAACUAUGUUGAGUCUAAGAGGAGCCCCGCGCCACAAGAAAGGCCGAACGCCGUGAGAUACGCUAACCGAGAGGGGCCUGUGAAUCACAGGGGAAGAGGCGGCCCCGGCCCCGUGAGAGGAAGGUUGAAUCGCGGACUGGGCGGAAGGACUGGACCGCUCAGGAAUCAACCGCGUUUACAGCAGGGACACCAAGACCUUCCUCGUGAAGAGCAGAGACCGGGGUAUCGACCCUUCAGAGGGGAUUGUUUCGCGGAUCCCAUCGAAGGCGGCGCCAACUGGGCAGGAGAAGACCGACUGCAGCAGUGGGAUCACGACAGGCCCAGAAGUCUGGACCGACACCCGCCGAGGGACGGCCUGGACCCUAAAAUGCCCCGUCAGCGGCCGCGCGGGUGGAACGAGAAGAACGCCACCGACAUGACGCCGGUAAAGGAGGAAACGUUAACCAUCAAGGUGGACAUGACCCAACCCGUUAACCAGAACAGCUCGCUGUGCUACUCGUCGGACCGGCAGCUCUCGUUGGACCUGGUCAACGUGGGCCGUCAGCGCCUCGACUUCCUGCCCAUGCUCGAGCACUCGGGCACGUACCAAGAGACGGCCGUGCACACGGGGACGUUCGCCCAGGAGAUCAUCACGCUGGUGCACCAUGUCAAAGAGCAUUAUUUCCGAGACGACGGCCUCACGCUGAACGAGCGAUUCUCUGCUGCACAAAGAGGAAGUGUCUCUGAGGAAGAGGUGGCCGAGCUGACGUUGGACGAGCGGUUCAGCUCCAACCGAGGCUUCAGCCUAAACACGAACUCGCUGCUCGACGAUGACGACGACGCCGACGACGACGAUGAUGAUGAUGAGCCUCUGUUCUCCAGACCGGGGGGGAUGCAGUUGUUGUUGUUGUGGCGACAGGGUUUGAACCAGCCGCCGGUGCGAGGCCCCGGGGACCUGAGGCACGACCUGGAGAGGCGGAGGCAGGAGAGACUGGAGGGGGUGAAGGUCACAAUAGCGGGGAAAGGCAUAGCACAGCGCCCCCUAGGUCCAAUCAGCGAGUCGGGCUUCCAGCUCAGCGACGAUCAGGCGGAAGGCGAGUGCUUCUCCGCCUGGACGGACGAGCAGAGCGGGAGACGGGACGGCAACAUGGUCCAGAGAAGAGGAGCUUUGUUCAGAGCGAACACGGGCUCCCAGCGCCGGAACAAUCGCUUCAACAACAACAACAACAACAACCGCGUUGGAGCAAUGAGGCGGCAGAACAACCGUGGCGGCAGCAGCAACAACCCCGCAGGUCCUAACUGGUGAUCGGACGGGGGGAGGCGUUUCGUUUGGGCGUUGCUGAUUCGUUGGUGACUGAUGAAAACCAGCGAGUUAGAGGAAGUUCAUCGUCAUCCGUGUCGAAACUGAUCUACGAUGUUGACGUUGUUAUAAAACAAUAAUCCAGAACUGAACCGUCCUUCCCCGUUCUGUUCCGUCCUCUCGUCCUUUCUUUUCUUUCUGUUGUGUUCUUCAUUUAACUACACUUAAAAUUGAAUUCCACGUUGGUCGAACGUCAACAGCUGCUGAAAUCCCAGAAGACGAAAACAUCCAGUUUUCUGGAGCGUGACUGUAACUUCAGUCAAGUUCCACUGCUUCCUGAUCAUGUGUCUAUGAACAUAACUGUAUAUGAUGUAUGUUUGUCUCGUGUGCACAGUGAAAUAUCCCGACACGCUGGAAUCACUGAAAACGACCGUUCUCAUAAAACUCUUGUUCUGUU